UUCAAAAACCUCAGUGUUAAGCUCUGCCAAAACCCGAAUUUCUGCCGAAAUUGAAACAAAUGUGUAUUUGUACGGCAAGGCAGCGAAAAAAUAGGUUUUUCAACAAGAACACAAACAUCGCGCGAAUGUGUUUCAUUCAUUCAUAGUUCAGACUACAGAAGCCAUCAAAAGUGUCCACUAUUUUUAGAGUUCGGUGGGAGGGUCCCAUUCUAAAAGUAGUUCCACGCACCAGAAGUCAAGAGACACGCCGAGCAAUAAAUCCACGUGAACGAGUGGCUCAAGGUGGUGCUCCUCAAAUACUCAGUCUGCGAAAGCCGUCGACAGUUCCGUUUGGGUGGUCCAACAAAAGAGGCAUCUAGGUGGAUGAAUAAGAUGACAGCUACGUGUAUGCUGUGCUUUCUUCUGUUCUGCACGGUGAUGGUGAUAGCGGAGGAAUCGGGCAGUGGACUGUUCAACGUCACUGGGAAUCCCUCAGAUACGGAAACUGCUCCAAAAUUGCCCAGCGAAGUGCAAAAAGCUGUUUGCACUGUGACUGCUGGGGAGGUAAAGGCAUCUGCCGAGGCUGUCACCACAAAAACGCUUAAGGGAGUGUGUGGAUCAGAUGAAAUGAACAUGGCCUUCCGAAGUCUAGAGAACAAACUCUACGAAGAGCUGCGAGUAAUGAAACUGAUUUUGGUGCACUUAGCCAAGGCAAACGGACUUAAAGUCAACACUGCCAUUUCCACAUCUCUACCCACGCCACCUCCGACUAAGAGGCCAAUCACAACCGCUGUGCCGCCAAUCUUCAAGCCCAUAGACCCUCCCAAAAAGCCUUCCAAUGCAACCAAUUUGAAAGCAGAAGAAAACGAAGUUGCUCCAGACCUUGGACUCAAGAAGAAUCCCACUCUGAAGAACUUGGAGUCGAACACGAAUCUUGGAGCUCGGGAAACGGAAGUCGAUAAGUUUAACAAUACUGUACUGGCCGAUCAGGAUGUAAAGUUGUUCACUUACUAUUGGAAGUUGGAGAACGUUACAGAACUCAUCAAAGCUCCCAAAUUGGCCACUGUUAGUAGCCCCAUAUUCAGCUUUAAAGGCAAGUCCUUACAACUAAAGUGCACUUUCCAUCACAUGAAUCGCGAACUGCUGAACCUGCAACUAGGAUACGGCAUCUUUAACCCGAAAUCUAACCCUGGCCAAAGCAACAACAUCUUGUUAGAAAUGGACGGAAUUUUCCAGAAUACUAAGUGGACCGAAGACAUCCACCAGAAGCACAAAAUUUCCAUACUGGAUCAAAGUCACAACCACCGAAGGACGCAAGACCUCAGUUCACAGGUGCUGAACAAGCUGGACAUGGGCUUCUCUAUCCCGAACAGCGUGCUCCUCGGUAGCUCGUACAUCAAGCAGAAUGCGCUGUUGAUUCAGAUUCUUUUAUAUUUGUGAAUGACAGAACAACGUUUGUAUCCGAGCAAUUAAAACAAAGAGAGACC